AUGAUAGCCAUAAUAUGUGUCUGUUUUAAUCUGCCGUUAGUGUACAGCCAGUGUUACUGGAAUAGAACCCCGUACAGUUAUUACGGCAGCAAGACACCAUAUGAUGCAACAAGAGGAGAUUUUAGAGACGUUCCUCAACUGAAAGGUUGUAAACCUGAAAGCAUUUGGUUCAUGGCGCGGCAUGGGGCUCGACACCCUGAUCAAGAAGAUAAGAACGACAUGAAGGACAUUCUAGACCUGAAGGACGAUAUCUUGGAUAAUUAUGAAGAUGGAAGAGGUGACUUAUGUGCUCAGGAUAUUGCAGAUUUGCGGGCAUGGACCUGGAAUGAAAAAUUAGAUAGAGCUAUUUACCACCUAACUCCAGAAGGUUACAGGGAAUUAUUGGAUUUUGGAGAUAGGUUUUCUGUAAAGUUUCAAUCAUUAUUGGAAAACCUAGAUGUAUCCCUCAUCAGAUCGACUAAAGAACAAAGAACUAUUAAAAGUGCAAGAGCCUUUAUUGAAGGUUUGAAAAAUAUCAAAAAACCUAUUGUUGUUGACGAUCCUAUUUCCGACGACCCUAUAGCAAGGCUCCAAGCAAAUGUACAAAGACGAGUAGGUCUCGAUUUUGAAUUGAGUCCUAAAAAUAUUCUCAGUAUAUAUAAUCUCUGUAGGAACUAUAGAUCAUACUCUGUUCUGAAGAGAAGCCCUUGGUGUGCGGUUUUCAGUGACGAUGAGCUUAUGAUCUUAGAAUAUGUUGAGGAUAUCACACAUUAUUACAGGAAUGGCUACGGGCAUUCUACCAACAUUCUUCUAGGAGCUUUGGGUCUGAAAGAUCUUUAUCAGAAGUUUGAAAAAGCCUCUAAGGAGGGCUUGAAGACGUUGACGGGUUACUUUACUCAUGAUACUAUGCUGCAUAUGAUUUACACGGCCAUGGGACUUUAUAUGGAUUACCCAAAAAUAUCCGGUCUCGAGAGGGUUAAACAUAGACAGUGGCGGACAAGUUUCUUGACACCAUUUGCUGCUAAUUUCGUCGCCGUUCUACACAGGUGUGAAAGCAACAAUGGGUUUGUACAUAGAGUGCAGUUCUUAGUCAACGAGAAAGAGCUACAUCUCUGCGGCGACCGCACAUGUUCCCUUGAGGAAUUCAGACAUAAAUUCCAGAAAUUCAACAACGCCUCGUCCGACUUCUGCAAUGGGGACUAUUUAUAA